GCUCCGAGUGUACUACAUCGGCUUCCUCGUCAUCCUGCACCAGCUGCGCCGUCGCCUCCACCUGCGCUGUCCCUCGGCCUCAGGUACUCAUUAAUGAGUGAAGGAUCAAAAAGUGGGACGGUGGCCAAGAAGCAAUGGAGAAUAAAAGUUUAGAAGGUUCCCCAUCAGACCUAAAGUUAGUGGCUCACCCGAGAGCAAAGAGUAAAGUGUGGAAGUACUUUGGGUUUGAUACCAAUGCAGAAGGAUGCAUAUUACAGUGGAAGAAGAUCUACUGCCGUAUUUGCAUGGCACAGAUUGCCUAUUCAGGAAACACAUCCAACCUUUCCUACCACCUUGAGAAGAAUCACCCUGACGAAUUCUGUGAAUUUGUGAAAAGUAACACUGAGCAAAUGAGGGAAGCCUUUGCCACUGCAUUUUCAAAAAUCAAGCCAGAGUCCUCGCAGCAGGUUGUUCAGGAUAGCCUCAUCAUGAAGACCUACCAGAACUUUGAAAUCAGAAAGCAUCAGGAGCUGACAUCUGCGGUCAGCAGCUUAAUUUGUGAGGGCAUGUAUCCAGCCUCUAUCGUUGAUGAGCCCACAUUCAAGGCCCUCUUGAGAACAGCAGACCCCAGAUACGAACUUCCGAGCCGUAAGUACUUCUGUACAAAAGCUAUUCCUGAAAAGUACAAUGCCAUUAGAGAGAUUGUGCUGAAAGAGCUCACUGAGGUUCUGUGGUGUGGCGUAUCCACGGACUUGUGGAGGAGUGAAAACCAGAACAGGUCAUAUGUAACUAUCGCAGUUCACUUUCUCAGCAGCGUUCCUGCCAACUGCCUGACUGUGAACUCACGGUGCUUAAAAACAUUUGAAGUACCAGAGGAUAACACUGCAGAGACUAUUACACGAGUCCUUUAUGAAACUUUCAUUGAGUGGGGGAUCAAUACAAAAGUCUUUGGUACUACAACAGAUUACAGUAAAGACAUUGUGAAAGCUUGCUCUCUCCUAGAUAUUCCCGUACAGAUGCCUUGUUUGGGGCACACUUUUAAUGCAGGAAUACAACAAGCUUUUCAGCUCCCCAAACUCUGCAGCCUUCUUGCCAGGUGCCGAAAACUGGUGGAGUAUUUUCAGCAAUCUACUGUUGCAAUGUACAUGCUGAGUGAGAAGCAGAAGCAGCAGAAUAUUCUCCACUGCAUGCUGAUAAGCGACCGUGUUUCCUGGUGGGGAAGUACGCUCGCUAUGCUGCAGCGCCUCAAGGAGCAACAGUUUGUCAUUGCAGCUGUUCUUGUGGAGGACAGCAACAACCACCACCUCAUGCUGGAAGCCAGUGAGUGGAAUACAAUUGAGGGGCUGGUGGAGCUGCUCCAGCCUUUCAAGCAGGUUGCAGAGAUGAUGUCUGCUUCGAAGUACCCGACGAUAAGUAUGGUUAAGCCGCUGCUUCACAUGCUUCUGAAUACCACCCUGAACAUCAAAGAGAAUGAUUUGAAAGAAAUCAGCAUGGCAAAGGAAGUGAUUGCUAAAGAGUUGUCGACCACCUACCAGCACGCACCUGAGAUAGACAUGUUUCUCAAUGUUGCAACGUUCUUGGAUCCCCGCUACAAAAAGCUGCCUUUUCUUUCAGCCUUUGAGCGGCAACAAGUUGAAAACAGAGUUGUGGAAGAAGCAAAAAGCCUGCUGGAGAAAGUAAAAGAAAAUACUUUUAGGACUGAAGAGAAAUUCUUCACUGUUUCAGAAGAGCCACCUGUGAAAAAAAUCAUAAUCUCCUCCACUCCUCCUCCUACCAGUGUCAUCAACAACAUGCUUGCUGAGAUCUUUUGCCAGACAGGAGGUGUGGAGGACCAGGAGGAAUGGCACGCUCAAAUCGUUGAGGAGUUGAGCAACUUCAAGUCUCAAAAGGUCCUCGGUUUGAAUGAAGAUCCUCUGAAAUGGUGGUCUGACAGACUAGCACUGUUUCCAGUUUUACCAAAGGUUCUUCAAAAGUAUUGGUGUAUUAUGGCCACGAGGGUCUUCCCUGAACGCCUUUUUGGUUCUUCUGCUAACGUUGUAAGUGCAAAGAGAAACCGAUUAGCUCCGGCUCAUGUGGAUGAGCAGAUCUUUUUGUAUGAGAACAGUAGGAAUGGGUCUGAGGCAGAACCCGAGGAUGAAGACGAAGGAGAGUGGGGUUUGGAACAGGAACAGAUUUUUAAUUUAAAUGACUCAGUAAAUGUAAACAACAAUUUCUUUAAUAUCCGAGACAGUGGCUUUGUUUAACAGGACUGCUGUGGUACACUUAGUAACAAAGAGAAAAUUGUAUUUGUCUUAAGUUACCAAAAACACUUCUGUUUUAUGCUAUGAAUGCUGUAAAUAUUGGAACAGUUGUAAGAAACUUGAUUCAGCUUCCAUUGUCUAUGUUUUUCCCACUGUCUUAAAACAUGAAUGAGUUAUGAUUAAACAGCACUGAAAUGAAUGAGGAAAUAAAUUCUAUAAAGACCGUGA